UUUGAGCGAGUUUAGAAAGCCGCUCCGUCUGAGGGAACUGAGGGAAGCGCAAACACCGCGGCCAAGAGAAGAAGCGAGCCGGGAUCAAUGCUGGGGGAAAGAUAACAACCCAACAGCCGAGCAAUCGCGGAAGCUUCUGCCUCGAUGCCCUCCCAGAUUGAAUCUGCCUCUCUGCCUGAGAGGAGCGCAGAAACCGCCGCUGCCGCCAAAACAAAAGAACCUUCGGGUGGGCAAAGGGCAGCCCAGUCCGCAUAGCAACCGCAGCCGCCUUCAACCGCGCUGCACACCCAUUGGCCAAUCGUCCGCCCCUUGGACCAAUCCCGGCCUGGCUGCGGGAAGCGGGAUCCUCACGGCGAAAGCGACCCGCCUACCUACCGGGCGGUUGGGCGGCUCGGCUGUCUGUCCUGCUUGGAGGCUGGGCGUGGGCGGAGUCGGAAGCGGGAGCGCCUCUCCUGGAGCUUUCGAGGGGCGAGUGACGCAGGUUAGGAAUAAGCAGCUUGUACCUCUAAAGAAAGGUCUUCCUUGUACAGAGAUAAAAAGAGUGGAGCAACAAAGAUGAAUGAAUGACACCGUUCAAUUUCUCAUCAGAGUUGUUGUGAAAUUCCAGUUCCGUGAACUAAAGAAGUUUUGAAGACUUUCCCUGCUUGGAGGGUGCAUGUGGAGUGCAGAGGGAAAAUGAACAGAGGAAAACCAGCUUGGGAAGGACUGACACUUUGUGAUCCUCUUCAUAGGAAGAGCAGUGCAAUGGACCAAGAACGGGCAGGACAAAAAAAACAGACUGAAGAAACAGUCAGUUUCCGUGCAAAGAGACAACCCUUCAUGGAGCUCCACUACCAGGAUGCUGAAGGUCCCCGAGGACUCUGCAGCCACCUCCAUCAUCUUUGCAAUCAGUGGCUGAAACCAGAAAAGUACACAAAAGCCCAGAUGCUAGACCUGGUGAUCCUGGAGCAGUUCCUAGCCAUCCUGCCUCCGGAGAUGGGGAACUGGGUGUGGGAAUGUGGAGCCGAGACCAGUUCCCAGGCAGUGGCCCUGGCCGAAGGCUUCCUCCUGAGCCAGGUGGAGGAGAAGACGCAAGGAGAGUUGCAGAUAGAGGCACCCUUUCAGGGAUCGAUUGCUGAGCAUCCUGAGGCAAGAAGGGAUCUAUUCAGUCCUUGCCAGAACAAUUUCUUGGGGGGAAUCUCUACAAAGGAUCUGAAUCAUGACAUGUCACCAGAUGCAGAGAACAGAAUCGCAUACCAGCAGGUGGUAGGAGAAACAUCUCCUUCCGAUGAAGCAGAAGCAGACAUUGGGCUUCCAGGGCAGGGUUCCAUAUUCUUCAAGGAGUUGUCCAUCUGCUUCACCGAGGAGGAAUGGGAUCUGCUAGAUUCUGAUCAGAAAGCUCUGCACGGGGAAGUCAUGCUGGAGAUGUCUAGGAAUGUGGCUUCUCUGGGCAAUGAGCAGAAGAAUGAGAUUUACCAGGAAUCUGGAGAGACACCAAUACAGAUUUUAAAAGUUGAAGUGGGAGAAGAGGAUCAAUGGCAAUCGAAAAGUGAAGACGGAAUCCAAUUAAAUGAUCAGCGGGAAAUAAAUCCUCCUCCUUUAUCUCUGGAAAUCUACGAUAUGCUGACCCAAGAAGAUCUUAAUCAAGAGAGGAUGGGACAGUAUUUAGGCUGUCAUGAAGUAUUUGAUGGACAAUCAAAUUUCAAUAGCCCAUGUGAAUGGAGACAGGAAGGGAACAGGUAUAAUCAAAACUCCCCUCCUUGUUGGGGAGAUGAGAUGGGGGGGAACACAUUUAAAUGUAAGGACUAUGAAAACAACUUCAACUAUGCCAGUAACCUUGUUUCCCAUACAAGGAAACACACUGGAGAGAAUCCAUACAAAUGUGUAGUGUGUGGAAAGAGCUUUACAAGGAAUGAUAAACUUACUGCUCAUGUAAGAAUUCACACAGGGGAAAAACCAUAUAAAUGCACGGAGUGUGGAAAGAGCUUCACGAGGAAUGACAUACUUAUUUCCCAUAAAAGGAUCCACACAAAAGAGAAACCAUAUAAGUGCAUGGAAUGUGGAAAGAGCUAUAGUCAUUCUAAAAGCCUUAUAUCUCAUGAAAUUAUCCACAAAGGGGAGAAACCAUAUAAAUGCAUGGAAUGUGGAAAGAGUUUUAGCCAGUGCAGUAGCCUUAUCUAUCAUAAAAGAAUCCACACGGGGGAGAAACCAUAUCAGUGUAUGGAGUGUGGGAAAAGUUUCACACGGAAUGAUACACUGAUUUCCCACAAAAGAAUUCACACAGGGGAGAAGCCGUUUAAAUGCUUGGAAUGUGGAAAGAGCUACAGUCAUUCCAGAAGCCUUAUUUCUCACGAAACGAUCCACAAAAGGGAGAAACCCUAUCAGUGCAUGGAAUGUGGAAAGAGCUUCAGCCGAUGCAAUAGCCUUACCUCUCAUAAAAGGAUCCACACAGGAGAGAAACCGUAUAAAUGCAUGGAGUGUGGAAAAAGCUUCAAUCACUCCAGUAACCUUCGAACACAUAAAAGUAUUCAUAGAGGAGAAAAACCACAUAAAUGCCUGGAGUGUGGAAAGAACUUCACCAGGAGCACAGAUCUUACUUCCCAUAAAAGGAUCCACACGGGAGAGAAACCCUAUAAAUGUAUGGAAUGUGGAAAGAGCUUCACUCAUUCCAAUACCCUUACUUCCCAUAAAACCAUCCACACGGGGGAGAAGUCAUACAAAUGUACUGAGUGCGGAAAGAGCUUCAGUACAAACAGUUCUUUAACUUCCCACAAAAGGAUCCAUACAGGAGAGAAGCCUUAUAAAUGCAUGGACUGUGGAAAGAGUUUCAGGACAAGCAGUUACCUUACUUACCAUAAAAGAAUUCACACAGGGGAAAAACCCUAUCAAUGCCUGGAGUGUGGGAAAAGGUUUAAUCAUCCCAGCACUCUUGCUUCCCAUAAAACAAUCCACACAAGAGAGAGACAAUAUAAAUGCCUAGAAUGUGGAAUGUGUUUUACACAGAGUUGUCAUCUCACUUCCCACAAGAGAGCCACAAUGGGAUUUAACUACAUAAAUGCUUAAAAACGGGGUGAGACCUUUCAUUCUAGUGACUUGAUUGCCCAUAUCAGAAAGUGCACGGAAAAAACAAAUGCUUCAAUGAGAAUAUUCUUGUUACUUCACCUUAAAAAGAGAUGACCACAUAGGUUAGAAAGUUGACAAUGUUUCUUCCCGGAGGUUAUACAGGUAGUCCUUGACUUAACAACAGUCUAUUUAAUGACUGUUAAAAGUUAAAAUGGCACUGAACGGGGAGUUAUGACCAUUUUUCACACAACGGUUUAUGAGAUCAUGCGGAUUAGUUUUUGCGACCUUUUGACAAGCAAAGUCAACGUGGAAGCCAGAUUCACUUAACAACCAUGUUACUAACUUUAACAACUGGAGUAAUUCACUUAAACUCUGGCAAGAAAGCUGGUAAAAUGGGGCAAAACUCGCUUAAUAAAUGUCUCAGCCACAUACAUUUUGAUCGCAAGCUGAAGACUACCUGCAUGUGGUCUUUAAUGAUAAGCAGUGUUCAACCUUACAGCCAGUGGGUCCAGGAAAAAAAAAGUACAUUUGAUUUCCUUACCAUUUUAAGUUUAUUGAUAUCAAAGCCAACAUGUUAAGUAUACAUUAUAUAUUUAUUCCCUUGUAUUUUUAAUGAUUUCCCUUGUGAUGUCAAGGCUGAUGGUCAACAUAAAGCCUCUUAUGCUUUGGGAGUCACCCCCCAGAUUUUCCAAGAGUCUGUUGGGGUGCAGUUUACUCUGAGCUUUCAGAUGAUAGGAUUAACCCUACUUUGGCUUCCUUCCCCCCCCCCCCAAGCAAAGUAUAAAGUCUUAAAGAAAAGCAGAAAUAAUAUUUUUCCUCAGUGUUUCAUAAAAAUAGCUUUCCUGGGCUCCAAGAUCACCGCAGAUGGGGACUGCAGCCAAGAAAUUAAAAGACGCUCCUGGGGAGGAAAGCUAUGGCAAAUUUAGACAGCAUACUAAAAAGCAGAGACAUCACCCUGCCAA